UGUAAGUAGAAGGGGAAUUACCGUCAUUGAGCUUGUAAUUUUCCCUCUCUCUCCUCCGCUCUCCAGGAACACGACCAACAACCUCACAAAAUCAAAAAUAAAAGGGCGCAAAGCAGAAGUAAAUUAAGCUACGUUUCUCGUUUCUCUAGCUCUCACCACCAUCUCUUCCGGCCAACCUCACCGGGCUGCGACAGCGACGAAUACCCGCCAUCCAGCUAGUUUCCCGGUGAGGAUCCUGCGGUACCUGCCCAAUUAGCAAUAUCCUUCGUUCGGCGAUUCCCAGGAGCUGUAAGGACGAUACCAACCUUUUUGGGGGCUGCGAGGGCUUAGCCUUUAGUUUUAAAUUCGAAUCUUACUAUUUCAAGUUUUGCUUUGUCCUUAUAGGCAAGAUGGGUGAAACACCAAGCUUCCAACUGGGUGUUAUUGGUGCUCUGGUUCUUUCCGUGGCAUCAUCAGUGUCCAUUGUCAUCUGCAACAAAGCCUUGAUGAGCAAUCUUGGCUUCCCAUUUGCGACAACCCUCACUAGCUGGCAUCUCAUGGUCACCUUUUGCACUCUCCAUGUGGCACAACGCUUUAACGUGUUCGAGAACAAGUCGAUCGACAUGAAGACUGUGAUGCUCUUCGGCAUUCUAAACGGUGUGUCCAUUGGAUUACUCAACUUAAGUCUUGGGUUCAACUCCAUUGGUUUCUAUCAGAUGACCAAACUUGCAAUCAUACCCUUCACCGUGUUAUUGGAGACUGUAUUCCUUAAAAAGCAAUUCAGCCAGAAGAUAAAAUUUUCGCUUUCCCUUCUACUUAUUGGAGUUGGCAUUGCAUCCAUAACUGAUCUCCAGCUGAAUCUCGUUGGAUCAAUCCUCUCACUUCUGGCCAUUGCAACAACAUGUGUUGGUCAAAUUCUGACAAACACCAUACAGAAGAGGCUCAAUGUGUCCUCUACGCAGCUGCUCUACCAGUCUGCGCCCUUUCAAGCUGCUAUACUUUUCGUUUCAGGCCCCUUGGUGGAUCAAUGCCUCACCAAGCAAAACGUCUUUGCCUACCGAUACUCUCCUGUGGUCUUGGCAUUCAUCAUCCUUUCAUGCUUGAUUUCUGUGUCUGUCAACUUUAGCACCUUCUUGGUGAUUGGCAAGACAUCCCCGGUGACAUAUCAAGUGCUUGGUCAUCUAAAGACAUGUCUUGUUCUUGGUUUUGGUUACACAUUGCUACAUGAUCCCUUCACAGCAAGGAACAUUGUUGGCAUCUUGAUUGCCAUUUUCGGGAUGGGGUUGUAUUCAUACUUCUGCACUCAUGAGAACAAAAAGAAACAGGCAGCCGGUGAAUUCUUGUCAGCAUCUCAGAUCAAAGAUAAGGAAACUACGCCCCUUCUGGCAAGUAAGAACAUGGGUAUCCAAGAUAAAGAAAGUCACGAGGCUAAGAAAUCUUCCAAGGAUUCUCUUGUUUAGAAAUAGAGAAUGUCAAAAACGCAUUCCUUUCCAGAUAUUUUGAUUGGUGUAAAUGAUUUUGAUUCUUUAAAUAAAAUAUCAACUCUUCUUGUUUCAUUGGACCUUCA